GCAACUACAGCAUAAUAAGAAAAGCACACAUGAAAAGAACCAUUUUCUUAACUUCAAAGAACCCUCAAUGAAACAAUCCACUAUCACAGAUCUUAAAUUGUCCAGCUCUGUGAAUGUUCUGUGUGGUCUAUAAACCUCAGGCAUCAUCUGACCACUCCUGGAAUGCCUGACUAACCUGUAAUAAACAUCACAGAGAUCCACUGUCCGCUAGCAGUAGACGAAGUGCUCCUCUAAAAGGACAUUGCUUCAAGUGUCCGAACAAGAAGUCGAGGUUCUGAGGGAAGUGAGAAACACAGCAUGUUCAGGAGAGAGAACGCAGGGGAUGAGGGUUUGCUCCCUAAGAACACCGACAAUUCUUUUUCAACAGAUGUUCUGGAAGAAUCAAGUGACUUCACAGCUUUUUUAGCUGGAGCAGAACUGAAGCAGGAUGAUUCUUCUCCAAGUCUGGCUGCUGAUUGCCCAGCAGUUUCCCAGAGCCCAUCCAAUCACAAUGAAGAUGUGACGACGGACAGCUGGAGGAGCCGUAGGAAGCAUGUGUUUGUGCUGAGCGAGGCAGGUAAACCCAUUUACUCACGCUACGGCAGUGAGGAGGCCCUGUCUUCUGUGAUGGGUGUCAUGAUGGCACUGAUGUCCUUUGUGCAGGCUGGCGGAAACACCAUUCAGUCCAUUCACUCUGAUGGGCACACAAUCGUGUUCCUGCAGAAAGGACCUUUGAUGCUCGUUUCAGCAUCGAAGAGUCAUCAGUCUGAGCUGCAGCUUCGCUCUGAGCUCCUGCAUGUUUACCAUCAGAUAGUCAGCAUGCUCACCCAGGCCAGCAUCAAUCGCAUUUUCCAGCACAGGAAAAACUACGACCUCCGCCGCCUCCUGUUUGGAUCCGAGAGGGUUCUAGAUACUCUGCUGGAUGUUAUGGAGACCGAGGCUGGCUUCUUGCUCUCUGCUGUCCAGUGCCUGCCUUUGGCUCCUUCUGCCAGGGAUGCUCUUAGUCAGAUCCUGCAGAAAGCGGUCACUCCAAACCUGGUCCUGUCGAUCUUACUCAUCAACGGCCAGCUCAUCUCCAUCGUCCAGGAGAAGAUGGUCAUUGAAGAUGCAAGGCUGAAGCCGACUGACCUUCACCUUCUUCUGAACCUCAUUCGAGCCUCCUCAGCGUUCCAGACUGGUGAGAUUUGGACCCCCAUCUGCCUCCCCUGCUUCAAUCCGGACUGCUACUUCUACACAUAUGUAGCCUAUCUGGAUCCUCCUGACUGCACUGUCUGCCUUGUGUUACUGUCCACCGAUAAGGAGGCUUUCCACGCUCUGGCAGAGUGUAAGAGGAAGAUUGAGGAGGGCAUCAGAACCCACAAUGCUUUGCAGUGCAUCUCAAAAGCGCAGCAGUGUCAAGUUCACCAUGUUGGCGUGGCUGAGCUGAGUCACUUCCUUUUCAAGCCUCUUGAUAUUCCAGACCACCACAGCCAGCUCCCACAAUUCACCAGUCCAGACGUGGAGGCACCGUACAGUACUGAGGAGGAGCAGAUCUAUCUGAUGGACCUGUACUGGCAUCUCCACAGCCGAAUCCACAGCACCUCGCGGCCCCUUAAACUCCUCUAUCAUGCCACCCAGAGGGAGACCCUGCUAGCAUGGGUCACUGGCAAGUUUGAGAUGUAUGCCUGCUUUAGUCCACUGGUCACCAAGUCCUCAGCCAUCGGUGCGGUCACUAAGCUGCUGCGCUGGAUCAAGAAGGAAGAAGAUUGUCUCUUUAUCCGUUCUCCCCUAAAAUACUCCACCACCCCACCAGAGGCCAGAGGCUUCUCCAAUGGCAGGGUCCAGCCAAACAGGCAGGACAAAUCAGACAGCAGUGUUCUCUCACUCUUAUAGCCACCAGCGGCUAUUAAAGAUUACCUGGACUUACUGAAAAAAUCUAUAUCCUAAGAGACAUACCACUCAAAAAAGAUGGUUCUUCAAGGGUUCUUUAGUAAAGAAAAUGGUUCUAUAUAGAACCAUUAACAUUCAGAGAUCCUUUUGCAUGACUGAAGGGUUCUUUCC